CGCUCUUACAGCAGCGUCCCUUUGUGACCACUCGUCUGCGGGUCUCCUGCUCACCUCCAUGCAGCUGAAUUAUGGACGAAAGCUUCUAUGAGACGUUUGAGGAAGAGCUCGGUAAACCACUGCAUGAAGUUCCCCCACCGAAACCUCUGAGUCAGUCACGAACAGGAAGCCGAACAGAGAUGUACGCUCAGCGGAGGGUGCGAGAGGAAGUUCCAGUAGUCCAGCAGGUUACGAAAAUGAUUCCUCGUGAACAUCCGCACUCCAGUGCCACAUCGUUACGUAAAGCUCUGUCCAUUCAGAAUCUAUCAAAGAUUGAGACGCCGUGGGAGGGUGUGACACUGAACAGAUGUCUGUUAUUAGUCGUAACAAUCCUGCUGCUGACCUCCACGUUACAGAGAAUAAACGAGGCGCUCAGAGGUCAUAAGGAGGUCAGUGAAGAUUUCACGGCACUGAAUGAGAGACAUACGCUGAUCAAGAGAGGAAGAUUAAUGGCACAUGAGCCGGAGAUCUCUUUAUGGGACACACUGUUCUGGUGGGUCGCUGAUGAUGACGAUGAAGGCAAAUCAAAGAGAGCGAAUCAGGAGAGAGUUUCCAGGAGCCUCAGACACAGAGCCCUUUCAGACCCGAAACUCCUGAAGAAAACAGAGAUGAACUUUAGCCAGCGCAGAGGACGAGGAAGACGAGACACUGAUGAGACUAAAGAGAGAUUAAAGAGGAAAAAAGAAAAAGAGGUGAAAGUAGAGGAAGAAGAAGAGAAAGAGAAGGUGGAGAAACCAAAGAAAGCAGUGAAAGAGAAUAAACACAAAUCUGUGAAGAAACAGUAAGAGACGUGAAGAACAGAUUGCAAGAAUGUAAAUGAUAGAGACGUUUGUGUGUGUGUGUGUGCGUGUGUGCAUUCAUGUUUGUGUGUUUGUGUCUGUGUGUUUGUUUGUGUGUGUGUGUUUGUGUGUGAGUGUCUGUGUGUGUGUGUGUGAGAGUGUGUGUGUAUGUGAGUGUGAGUGUGUGUCAGUGUGUGUGUGUGUGUGUGUGUGUGUUAGUGUGAGUGUGUGUGUGUGUGAGUGUGUGUGUGUGUGUGUGUUAGUGUGAGUGUGUGUGUGGGGACAGGUUUAAGUGGUUUACGAGGACUUUUUUUUAGGUUAUAAACUGGUAAUUACAAGGGUAUUAUGCUAUAAAUGUGGUUUAUGAGGACAUUUCUAGUGCCCCCAUAAUUUAAGUCACUUAAAAAACAUACUAAACGAUGUUUUAUUGAAAAUGAAAAAUGCAGAAAGUUUUUUGAGAGGGUUAGGUUUAGGGGUAGGGUUAGGGGAUAGAAUCUAUAGUUCAUACAGUAUAAAAAUCAUUAUGUCUAUGGAGAGUCCUCAUAAUGAUAACUGCACCAACAUGUGUGAGUGUGUGUGUGUGUGUGUGAGUGUUUGUUUGUGGUGUGUUUGUGAGUGUGUGUGUGUGUGUGUGUGUGUGAAUGUUUGUGAGUGUGUGUGUGUGUGUGUGUGUGUGUGAAUGUUUGUUUGUGGUGUGUUUGUGAGUGUGUGUGUGUGUGUGUGAGUGUUUGUUUGUGGUGUGUUUGUGAGUGUGUGUGUGUGUGUGUGAGUGUUUGUUUGUGGUGUGUUUGUGAGUGUGUGUGUGUGUGUGUGUGUGAAUGUUUGUGAGUGUGUGUGUGUGUGUGUGUGUGUGUGUGAAUGUUUGUGAGUGUGUGUGUGUGUGUGUGUGUGUGAAUGUUUGUGUGUGUGUGUGUGUGUGUGUGAGAGUGUGUGUGUGUGUGAGUGUGUUUAGGGGUAGGGUUAGGGGAUAGAAUCUAUAGUUCAUACAGUAUAAAAAUCAUUAUGUCUAUGGAGAGUCCUCAUAAUGAUAGCUGCACCAACAUGUGUGUGUGUGUGUGUGUGUGUGUGUGUGUUUAGGGGUAGGGUUAGGGGAUAGAAUCUAUAGUUUGUACAGUAUAAAAAUCAUUAUGUCUAUGGAGAGUCCUCAAUGAUAGCUGCACCAACAUGUGAGUGUGUGUGUGUGUGUGAGUGUUUGUUUGUGGUGUGUGUGUGUGUGUGUGUGUGUGUGUGUGAAUGUUUGUGUGUGUGUGUGUGUGUGUGUGUAUGUGUGUGUGUGUGUGUUUGUGUGUGUGUAUAUGUGUGUGAGUGUGUGUGUGUGUGUGUGUGUGUGUGUGUAUAUGUGUGUGUGUG